UCCGGUGGGCGCGGGAUCAGCGAGUGGACUGUGUGUGUAUACGAACAGCGGCAGCCGGGCCUGGAGACUGAGCAUCAGUGCGGGCGCGGGGAGAUCACCGGGUUACAGUCCGGAUUCAGCAUCCGGAGCCGGGGAUGGCGGACGGGACGGACCUCAUUGAUAUCUACGCCGAGGAGGAGUUCAUCCAGGUGGGGGAGGCCCGGACGGACUCAGAGACCGAUGAGCAGCUAUUGAUACACCUUCAGGAGUCCGAAUUUGCUGCGGAGCAGGUGGACCUGUAUGACGAUGUACUGGCAGUGGCGUCUCUUGGCUCCUCUCACAGUGAUGGGAAGGGUAAUGACCUAGAGCCGACCUUCCCUGUACAGUCUAUCUCCGCCAAGUCUAACAACAGGACCCCAGCUAUCUUGUACACAUACAGUAAUUUGCGCAAAAAAGCAUCUGUAUAUAUUGGUAACUUUUCAUGGUGGACGACGGAUAAGCAGCUCCUCUCUGUCAUACGAUCUACCGGUGUCCGGGACCCCGUGGAAGUGAAGUUUGCAGAAAACCGAGCAAAUGGCCAGUCAAAAGGGUAUGCAGAGGUGGUGGUCUCAUCAGAAACGUCUCUGAAUCUGGUUCUGGAACAGUUGCCGCUAAAGAGGAUCAAUGGGGAGAAACUUGAUGUUCGACCGGCCAACCGCCAGAACCUCUCUUUUUUUGAGGCAUUAGCACGAAAAAAAAUACCCCCAAGAGCGAAUUCAAAGGGUUCCGUGGACUCUGCAGAUGGCUCUCCCACCCCAAUUGAUACUGCUGUGUCCUCACCGCUUCCAGAGACUCCUAAAACCAUAAUGCCGUACUUUGUACGGCCGCCGUUCAUGGAAAAUCCUUCCCGAAUCCCCGUCAUGUCUCUCCCUCGACCCCCAAUGUCCCUUCCCCCACCACCGUCUCCCACAAUGCAAGUUGCAUACAGAGCUCCCCCAAUACCGCCAAUGCACUAUCCCCACCUAAUGCCACCACCGUCAAGAUUGCCGCCUCCAUUAGGCAUGCCACCCCCAAGUGGUGUGCCACCAGCCCUUCAUCUAAACCCUGCGUUCUUUCCCCCUCCAAAUUCCUUGAUGGCACCUACACAUGAUCAAUUCAAGAUGCUUGCCAACCCCUAUGUAAGAGCACGGGACAUGAAAAUGCCGCUUUCUGUCAGUGAAGCAGAAUUUGAAGAGUUAAUGAACAGAAAUAGAGCAAUUUCUAGGAGUGCGCUUUCCAAUGCAGUCUGCGGGGCAACAUCAGGGGAUUAUGGGACUGCAAUAAAAACACUUGAAACAGCGAUUGCUGUUAUUAAGGAGUCUCGCGUGGCCAAUGACGAACGCUGUCGUGUCCUCCUGACCUCUCUGCGAGAUUGCCUGCAUGGAAUACAGGAUAAGGCCAACUCUUCCAGCAGGAAGCGCCACCGAUCCCGAGACAGGUCCCCUAGCCGAUCACGAGAAGGCAGCAGCCGACGCCACAGAGAUCCACAUGAAGAUCGAUCGGAUGAAUAUUACUAUGACCGUCACCGCGAGAAGGACAGACAUCGCUAACAGGUCUCCAGAAUGCUGCACAGAUGCAUAUUCUUUGUUUUCGUUUUCUUUUUAAAGUAAGAGACUCACAUUUUGUUGUCGUGACCUAGAGAAGAUGCCCGGCCCUCCAACAAGAAGUGACAUCUGUUAUUGCAGUCCCUCUGGGAUUUAUUCCAUUUCAUGCAAGGACCAACUAGAGCACAGGUCUCAACCAACCGUUCCCAACCAACAGUCUCGCCUGGACUAUCUCAGAAGCCGCACACUCUCUCUCCACACCGCAGACCCAAAGUGAUAACUUUUUUUGGAACAUCUGUGCAUCUCCCCCAUUAUAAGCAGAGUCUAUAGAUCACUCUUUCCUUGCAUUCUUCCCAGUGUUUUAGUCUUGUUGCAUUUUGUUCAUGUUAAGGGGUUACCUAUAUAAAGUGAAAUUAACUUCUAUACAGUGACGUAUGUAACUUUCAUGUCUGUCUGUAAGUGCCCGGAGUUAGUAUGGCUGAUCUUAUUUUUUUUAUCUUUUUGUUCUGGUCGGUAGACUGGGGUGAGAAUAUGUUUGCAAUCACUGCUGAAUGCGGUGUUGGGGUGACUAGAUACUGUGUGGAUGGGGAAUGGAGAUCCCUGUACUAUCCAUUUAUAAUCACAUUAUUUGGGUUAUAUGGAGGAGACUUCCUUUAGCAGGUUUGCUACGGACUGCAAUUCGGAGGGGUGAGUUCAGUGCUCAGUCUAAAAAGCUGUUUUAUUUUUGUUUGUUUUUUGUUAACAUAUUAAGAGAAAAAAAUCAUCAGGAUUUUUAGUUGCUCACCUUUAUUGAGGGGCUUUGUACUAGCUUAUGGGCCACCAUUCAGGAUCUCUGCCCCCCCCCCCCCCCCUCCACCCUUCCCAGCUGCAAGGAAUUCACCCCUCCCAUAAAUAUUCAUUCUCUCCACCUGGAAAUUGUGAAUAAACUUGAUAACGUUGUCAAUCUUUUA